GGUGGGAUGCGAUGCGAUGCGAUGCGGGUAACGGGAAGGGAGUAAUUCCGGGUGCUGGGAAGAAGGGAGCUGUCGUAACCGGCUCUGCACCGUGCAACCCUGUCCUCGUCCUGCUCUACCUUCCCCCUCCCUUUUUACUGUCUUAUUCCUUUUUUGCUCCUUCUCCACCCUCUUUUUCUUCCCAUUCCCAGUCUCUUUCUCCUGUCACUGAACAUGACUUGGUGCUUCCGUUGCAUUUGGGGCACUGGAUUUUUUAGCUAUUAAGAGCUAAAAUUGGUCAAUCCCAUGUAUAAUAAAUAUCUCUCUCCAGCUCUGUGACAAUCCAAAUGUUGCCAAGUAUUUCUAGGAGAUCUAGAUGGUGCUCCAUCCUGCCAUGAGGACAGGUGAUUGGACUUGGUGACCUCUGGAGGUCCCUUCCAGUUCUAGUAUUAGUUGAGUCUGUGCAAUAGUUAACUGAGAGUCGAGUACCCAUUUCUAUUUUAGUCCUGCUGUGCACAAAUGUAACAAAAAUAUAUUUGUUGAUGUAUUGCUUUGUGUUGCAAUACAUUAAGACACAUAUUAAGGAUAGAUUUAAAACAGACAUGAUAUAAUCCAUAAAAUGCUUCCAAGAACUGAGAAUACCAAACUUCUCAGUGUGUCAUAGCCCCCAAUCUUCAUGGGAGAACAACUACCCUCAUUCUUUUUGUGAUGUUAGUGUAAAUUCUAUUCAACUUUUUUUAGGUAAUUUGGCACAAUUACCCAUUGGUGUUAUGAGAAUUGAGAAUAAAUAGCAAAAUUUCUGUUUAAAAAUAUUUUUCCAGCUUUUUAAAAGUAUUGAAACUCAUACAUGAUAAGUGACGACAUAGAAACCACGCAAUGCCAACAAAAGGAUCCAAUGGAUUUAUUUCAUUCUGGGCAGUUUGUAAAAAUAUGUGCCCCUAUGGUCCGAUAUUCAAAGUUGGCUUUCAGAACUUUGGUCAGGAAAUACAACUGUGAUUUGUGUUAUACACCUAUGAUAAUUGCUGCUGAUUUUGUCAGAUCUGUGAAAGCUAGAGACAGUGAAUUCACAACGAGCAAAGGUGAUCGGCCAUUGAUUGUUCAGUUUGCUGCUAAAGAAGCACAGGUUUUAUCUGAUGCUGCCCGUAUCGUCUGUCCUUUUGCUGAAGGAAUAGACCUAAAUUGUGGCUGUCCUCAGAGAUGGGCAAUGGCAGAAGGUUAUGGUGCUUGUUUAAUAAAUAAACCAGAGCUGGUUCAAGAUAUGGUGAGACAUGUAAGAAAUCAAGUAGAGAAUCCAAGAUUUUCAGUAUCUAUUAAGAUCAGGAUCCACGAUGAUCUAAAGAGAACUGUGGAUCUCUGUCGAAAAGCUGAAGCAACUGGAGUUUCCUGGAUCACAGUUCAUGGGAGGAAUGUGGAAGAACGACAUCAGCCAGUACACUAUGAUGCAAUUAAAAUAAUUAAACAAAAUAUGUCUAUACCUAUUGUAGCUAAUGGAGAUAUUAAAACUUUAAAAGAGGCAGAGAACAUUCAUCAUAUGACAGAGGCAGAUGGUGUAAUGGUUGCUAGAGGGCUUUUAGCCAAUCCAGCCAUGUUUGCAGGAUAUGAAGAGACACCUUUGAAGUGCAUCCAGGACUGGGUUGACAUUGCUCUGGAACAUGGGACUCCUUUUACGUGCUUUCAUCAUCAUUUAAUGUACAUGAUGGAACGGAUAACUUCAAAACAGGAAAAAAAGGUUUUUAAUGUUUUAUCAAGCACCUCAGCAGUUUUGGACUACCUUAGUUACCACUAUGGGGUGUAAUUGCAUUUUAAAGUAUUUUAAUCAUGUGAAUAUUGCAUUUUAUAUUUUGGAGUUCCUGGUAUAGUGUUACGGUGAUAGCAUGAGGAAGCCGUUAUAUUUAUUAGUCAAAAGCACACUGCAUUGAAAGAUCCCAUGCAUUGUAACAUUACUGGACAUUUCUGUUCAUAUUAUUAUAUUUUUAUACUGACAUUAUUUUCCACUCAGGAAAUAUUCAUGACUUGAAAAUAACUUUUAUAUACAUGGGAUUGCAUUACCAUGCAUAGGAUAGUGCAGUUCCAAAGUGCUUUCAAAGAUACCCCCAAUCCUGCUACCCUUUCUCAUGUGAGUAGAGGGCCACAAGAACAGGCUCAAAGACUAUUAAACAGGAUUAUAUAUAACUGUUCCCUUAAUUUAAAAAAAAAGCUCAAUUGAGAGGCCCAGUUAGUAUUUAUCUGAAGUGCAAAUUCAAUAUUUAUAUCUAGUUUUAAUUAUGUAGGUCCUUAAAUCACAGAAGAGAGAGGCUUCAUACUGUUCCCCCUCUUACGUCUAGGUGUCCCAUUUGCUAAAAUCCCUUAAACUGGCUUUGAACUUUGUGGAGAUUUUUUUUUCUCCCAAGUGGAAUAAAAUUAAGAAAUAGUAAGCUUUUGUUUUCUGCCCAUUAGUUACUUUUCAGGUGGAGAAGAUAUCUAUUUAAUGUUAAGUGAUACUAUAAGUCCAGAAUGAAAUUGUUUUGGUAACUUGGAUCUCAGAUCAGUACAGUACUCAAGCAAAUGCUUAAAAUUAAGUAUGUGCUUGUAUAGUCUCCUUCACAUCAAAACAGAACUAUUUCUAUGCUUCAAGUUACAUGUGUGUUUAGGUACCUUACUGCUUUGGGGCACAAAACUUAACAAAAUUUGUUCGACAUGUACUACGUACAGUAUAUGUUCCUAAAAUAAAGGAACAAAGAUACAAGAUUUUGAGUUUACACAGGGCUCUUCUUCAAGUCUGGGAAAGGCACUUAGGCCAAGUCUACACUACAGACCGGUAUCAGUAUAAACUACAUUACUCAGAGGUGUGAAGAAUCCCUUUCCUGAGCCACAUAGUUAUAACAACUUAACCCACCAUGUAGACUGAGCUAUGUCCACAGGAAAGCUACUCCCAUUAACCUAACUACUGCUUCUUAGGGAGGUUGAUUAACCACAAAGCUCUCCCAUUAGUUUACAAGUGUCUCAAACCACCCCCUCCCCCCAGAGUGUUUCAGCUAAGUACAAGAUGGAACAGCUAAGGAGUUAACACAUCUUACAAGAGAUCAUUCAAGCUCAAGUGGGUAGUUGUCACCCUUACAGUCAUAGGAUAAAGGAGGUGCUAGUAGGUUGCAAAUUUUUGUAAUUAGCCAUAAUCCAUCUCUUUUUAAGUCCAUGAUUAUUGGUAUGUAGCAGUUAUUAAUUAAUUUCUCAAGCUUGUCUUUUGAAAGUGCAGUGAGUGUUUCCUUUGAGGAUGAGGAGAGGUCAGAAAUGGAGUGAUUAUUUUGUGGAAAAUGUUAACUCGCCCCAAAAUCAUUAUCAAACUCAACCAUGUAAUUCUCACCCAUAGAAAUUUUACAGUCAACAACAAAUAAUGUAUUCAAAUCAUGGGAAUAGACAUGGGUUCUAGGAUGGCUCUUCAAUAUAUAAACCUUUUCUUACCUCAAGCAAGAAUUUCUGGAUAAAUGCACCACCAAACCAAUUAUGUAGCUGAGAUAUAUUGAUAAUACUUUCAUUUGUUGGACAGCUGACCUAAGGAAGAGCUCUGUAUAAACUCAAAAGCUCAUCUCUCUUGCCAAUAAAUAUAUUACUUUAUCCACCUUGUUUCUCCAAUAUUCUGGGACCAAUGAAACUACAAAAAACACUACUAACAUAUUCCUUUACAGUGUAUAAUAAGGACAUGAAGGAAAUAGGAUAAAAUGGGUGCUGGUAAGCAGCUGUCUUUCUUCUGAUUCACAAAAAAAAAAAAAAAAAGUUUUUUAGAACAUUUUUAACCUCCACCAGGUUUUCACAGUCUUGUCUUUUACAGAUUGUUCACCAAAGCAUGAAUGUUACUAUGCAUUGUUUUUCAGAAGGAAAAUGCAGUGCAAAUUAGAACAAGGUAAUACACCUACAGAUCUGAGUCUAAUAUAAUAAAGAUUUUAAACAAAAAUGGUAUAUUUAUACAGAAAUUCAUGCCUGUAAGUGGUAAAUUAUAAUGAAUUAGGAGUUUGACUCUCAUACCUCUAGAAGUAUCAGUAUAAUUAAGCAUAAAAACAUUUUGUAACUGUCUAAAUCAUAUGUAAUAUUUUUAAAUGCUUGGACGUGAUUAACUUUUUUAUUAAAUACUCCAUAAACUGUU